CCAGCGGCCGGCCAAGGGGCGCCAAGAAGCACAAGUGGGCGCGGGCCGCGGCCCCGGCUGUUGUUGUUCUCAACGCGGUCCGCCGCCGAGCCAUAAAGGCGGCGCGGGGCGCGCGCGCGCCAGAGCGCAGCGCAGCGCGCACGCCCACGAGCUCCGGCCGGCGGCUGCAGCGGCGGCGCCCGCCCGCGUCUGCCUCGCUCCCGGGCCCCGGCCCGGCCCGGCCCCCGCCCCAGCCCUGCCGCCCGGCCCCGCGUCCGGCCGCGGCCGCUCCCGCCCGGAGCCGCCGCGCGCCCCCCCCAGCCCCCCGGCGCCCCCGCGGGCCCUCGCCUUCCUCUUCCCCGCGCGGCCCCCGGGCUUCCGCGCCCCGCCCGCCACCAACCCGCUCGCCACCAUGUCGGUGGAGCUGGAGCAGGCGCUGCCGCUGACGACGGAGGGGGCGGCCCGCAAGGCGGCCAAGGCCGGCGGCGGCGCGGCGCCGCUGGCCCCGGCCAAGAAGCGCAAGAGCAAGAAGAAGAAGAACCAGCCGGGCAAGUACAGCCAGCUGGUGGUGGAGACGAUCCGGCGGCUGGGCGAGCGCCACGGCUCGUCGCUGGCCCGGAUCUACGCGGAGGCCAAGAAGGUGGCGUGGUUCGACCAGCAGAACGGGCGCACCUACCUCAAGUACUCCAUCAAGGCGCUGGUGCAGAACGACACGCUGCUGCAGGUGAAGGGCACGGGCGCCAACGGCUCGUUCAAGCUCAACCGCAAGAAGCUGGAGGGCGGCGAGCGGCGCGGGGCGCCCGGGGCCGCGGGCGCCGCGCCGCCCGCCGCGCCCAAGGCCAAGAAGGCGGCGGCGGCGGCCCCGGGCGCGGGCGCGGCCGGGCCCCGGCGCGCCGACAAGGCGCCCGCGCCCGCCGCGCCGGCCGAGAAGCGCGCGCACAAGAAGGCGGCCGCCCCCAAGGACAAAGGCGGCGCGGCCAAGAAGGCGGCGGCCGCCGGGGGCAAGAAGGUGAAGAAGGCGGCCAAGCCCAGCGUCCCCAAGGUCCCCAACCGCCGCAAGUGAGCCCGGCCCCGGCCCGGAGCCGCGGGCCGCGCGAGCC